AUGGCCCCUGGAAUUACUACAGAAGAAUCUACAGUUGCAAUCAUGCCCCCAAAGAAUGAUGGACAUCCUAUCUUGUAUAGUAAUGUCAAUCAGGAAGAGCUUCAAGCCAAAACAUCGAAAUAUCUUCUCAACUAUGGCACCAAGUUCAACAAAGACGUUAUCUGUGGCAGCCGAGGGCUCUACGUGUACACAGCUUCCGGACACAAAGUGCUGGACUUCACGUCCGGACAAAUGUCCUGCCUCCUCGGCCACGGGCACCCAGAGAUCGUGCAGACAAUCACAGGCCACGCAGCCUCCCUAGACCACCUCUUUUCAGGCAUGGUGUCACCCCCCGUGAUCAGCCUAGGCGAACGUCUGUGCAAUCUUCUACCAGCCGGUCUCGACAAAGCCUUCUUCCUCUCCACCGGCGGCGAGAGCAACGAAGCAGCCAUAAAGAUGGCCAAGGUCUACACUGGGAAAUUCGAAAUCGUCGGACUGGGCGGUAGCUGGCACGGCGUGACCGCGCAAGCCCUUGGCGCACAAUACCAUUUCGGUCGCAAAGGCCAAGGACCCCUGAUGCCAGGGAUGCUGAUGCUCCCCUCGCCGAACGCAUACCGCUCCAUCUUCCGCCGCCCUGACGGGUCCUACGACUGGGAAGCAGAAAUGGAAUACGGCUGGCGCAUGAUCGAUAUGCAAUCGUGUGGAUCGCUCGCAGCUUGCAUUGUGGAAUGUAUCCAGUCAUCGGCUGGUAUGCACGUGCUACCGCCUGGCUACCUCGCGGCACUCAAACUGCAAUGCGAAAAACGCGGGAUGCUCUUGAUCGUCGACGAAGCACAGACGGGCGUCGGCCGGUGUGGAGAUCUAAUGGCUAUCAACCACGAAAAUGUCGUUCCUGAUAUCCUCACCCUCAGCAAGACGCUAGGCAAUGGCUUGCCGCUUAGUGCUGUCGUUACUAGCGCUGAGAUCGAGCGCGCGUGCAUCGAGCGAGAUUUCUGCUUCUAUACGACUCAUGUUAAUGAUCCACUGCCUGCUGCUGUGGGUGAUAAAGUGCUUGAGAUUGUGGUGCGUGAUGGGCUAGUUGAACACUCGCGUGCUCUGGGUAAGGUGCUUCAUGAGCGAUUGAAUGCCCUGAAGGAAAAGUAUGGUUGUAUCGGGGAUGUCCGUGGACGCGGACUUAUGGCAGGGGUUGAGAUUGUUGAGUGUCGCGCGACCAAAACCCCUGCGCUAGCGUUAGGUAAGGCGAUCGGGGAUCGGGCAUAUGAUUUAGGCUUGUGGGCCAAUCUCAGCAGCCAUCCGAGUUUUGGGGGGGCUUUUCGUAUAGCCCCACCUAUCACGAUUACCGAGGACCAGCUGCUUUGUGGCUUGGAAAUAUUGGAAGAGGCGUUUGCAACGACCCCUGGUACUCUGCCUUUGUGA